AUGUCUCAAAAUCUCGUCCGGUUACCGUCUAUUACUGAUUUAACCACGCUGUUGAACAAUAAAAGUCCCCAUUUCCAGCCUCCCGUGAAUCAAAUGUGGUUCCAGGGCAAGACGGCUUUUCCCCAGCAGAAUUUUACACCGAGCCCAACCUCUCGACUUUAUCCUUUGCAGCUGGUUCUGCUGGCAGAAACCAUGCAUAAUGCACCAAGAUCCAUGGCUGACAACUUCCGGUUCGUUCAGACGCCUUCAAACCACCGCCAGAAGCGAAAAAAAGCAAGAAUAGAUGUCAACGAUCGUGGAAAUUCUUCUCAUCGUAAUGAUUCUGCGGCCCUGAUUAUUAACGAUCCAACAGUGAACUUCCCCAUCGCGAAUCCCGAACUUCCACCAAAUGUUAUUCCUACUGAGGAGCUUAACAAUCUCAAAACUACUGUUUAUCCAUCAAUUGUGACUAAAAAGUAUACUGCUCUGGCGUUAGAUCCACUGAAAUCACAUCUCGUGGUCUAUGAGUACGCCGUAGGAGCACAUUGGGUUAUUUGGGACCACGAUACUGGGUAUGUCCACUUGACAGGACUUUGGAGAGCUGCUCUUCAGGAAAGAGCACUUCAAAAGAAUUCUGAUGGCAUGCACCAUGUCAAAGCCAACGCCAAGGCCGAUAUUGUUAAGCUUUUAGAGCUGACUCCCAAGUCUCUUCAUCCCUAUAUCAAGAGGGUUCGUGGAGGGUUCUUAAAGAUUCAGGGAACUUGGGUUCCUUUUCACUUGUGCAGAAAAUUAGCCGUUCGAUUCUGUUACUAUAUUCGAUAUAAAUUGGUUCCAAUCUUUGGUGCAGAAUUCCCCAACCAGUGUCUUCGUCCAUCGGAUGCUGGUUUUGGAGAGCUUCGCUUCGACGAAUCCUCUCCUGACCUAUUGCUGCCACAAUCAUCACCUCAUAUUCUGAAUGAAGGUCAAUCACCAAUCAUCCAUCAGCAAUACAAUCAGACUACUCAUCCUGGACAAUCCCAUUAUGGGCAUUUGCGAACAAAUAUUCCAGCGUCUCGAGUUUUACACGGACAUUUACAUCCAUAUGAAAUCGGUGCAAACAGGGCCCAAUUCAGCACCCCGCAAUACCAGGAAAUGGAACAGAAGCAAUUCCCAUUCCAUGGCUACUAUAAUACUAAUCAGAGACAUAGUCUUAGUGGACCUGGACAAUUCCCACCACCUGGGGCUGGUCCCAUCUCCAUUCCAGGUCACAAUUUUAUUGCGGUACUUGAUACACAUCCCAACAUGAGGCCACAUCCACUUCCCACUCCGUUUCAUCAUAGUCUUCCACAGAUUCCGACGGUGCCGAAUUUUACAGUUCCGUAUACUAAUGUUGUUCAAAAGCCGCAGGCUCCGGCUUUGACACCAAAACUAACUGAUGCCCCCGAAGAAGUUGCAAUAACGCAACACCAGCCUAAAGAUAAAACCGAUCUGCCCAAAGAAGAGCAGACAGGGAUGACUUACACUGAUAUGGUAGAUAUUGUGAAUGCGUCUAAGUGUCUUCAGAGCUUGAGCAAGCGAGAGUCUAUGUCGCUGGAGCUGCUGGCCCAUCUGGAUAAGAUGCGCAUCGACCACCUGUUGUCUUAG